AUGAUCCACUGCGAUGUCAUUGACAUGCAGCUCUUUCUGACGAAAAGAGAUGGUGGUCAUGGUGCGUGGAUGACGGAAGAAGUGGUGCAGCAGGGCGUUACUGAAACUAAGGAGUUGCACCGGCUGAACACUAUAACAGCGCGACUGAGCUCGUGCGGUUUGUCGGAGCAGGACGUGCAAACUCAAAGUACGGCAAAUUCUCUUGUUCACGUCCUGGUGGUGGUUUCAAAGAGAUGCUGGCCACCUGUAGGCUGUGUCACUGUCGGCGUCACGCAAUACAUGAGAGUGAAUCCCCCACGAUUGGUUGCGUUUUGGAACGCGUUAAGAGCGACGUCUACCAAGAUCGUCGCUAACGAUGUGAUUGUGUUACCAGAAGGAACAAAUAAUUUUAUUUUUUCGAGGCGCACCUCUCGCGUAUACGUUCGUCAUUGCUAUUUGCAGCUAUGGAAAGCUUGCUCGGAUACCGUUAAUCGUGCAGCUACAACUAAACAUAACGUUGUGGUUAUCGGCAAUGAAGGAAUCGGCAAAACACAUUUCGGAUUCUUCGUCCUGUUGUGUCUUGCGCGCCGUGGAGCGACGGUGGUGUAUGAGAAGUACAGAGCCAGUGGGCGCUACCUAUUCUCUAAUGAUAUGGUGAUUGAUGGAUUGGGGUCGGAUUUUGAUGACGUUCUUGAGCAGCCGAAUACGUUUUACGUUGUGAAUGACGUCAAGCCAGCACAAUGUGAAGCGAAGACAAUUCUCAUCUCGUCGCCGUGCGGGUCUGUUUGGUAUGACUUUUACAAGAGAGAUUGCGCGAGGUUUUACAUGCCAGUUUGGACGAAGCAGGAGAUCUUCAACUGUCGUGAGCUGAUAUUAUCGGGCACGACGGAAGACACUGUGGAGGAACGCUAUCGUCGGUGGGGCGGCAAUGCACGCUAUGUCUUGUGCACCGUCAGGCUGCAAAGUUCACAGGAUUUUUUCGACAUGUCGAUAAAUGAUUUCAGCUUAAAUUCGUUAGUCGAGGCGAGUGACGAAUCGGGGGGAAUUGAAAAUUUGAUUUUUCUGCUGCUGCACUAUCGUGUCAACGACGACUUUUCCAAGGACGGAUUUGUCUUUGCGUCGGAUCACGUGUGCGAAAAGGUUUAUAAGAAGCUGCUUUGGCAAAAUAGGGGAGAUCUAAUGAAUAUUUUUGCUUCUUCUCGUCGUAGCAGUGGCGAUCAUGCGGUGCUCUAUGAAUCAUUGGAUGAUGCAUAG